AGUCAGUAGCUACGUUACCCAAUUCCCUCCAACCAUACUCUCGCGAGACUGCGCGAGGAGGGCACAAGUUGGAGGAAACAUGGCGACGUCUAAUUUGUUAAAGAAUAAAGGCUCCUUGCAGUUUGAGGACAAGUGGGACUUGAUGAGGCCCAUUGUUCUCAAGCUGCUGAGACAGGAGGCUGUCACCAAGCAGCAGUGGUUUGACCUCUUCUCAGACGUCCAUGCUGUGUGUCUGUGGGAUGAUAAGGGCCCAGCUAAGAUCCACCAGGCCCUCAAAGAAGACAUCCUAGACUUCAUCAAACAAGCUCAGAAUCGUGUGUUGAGUCACCAGGAUGACACAGCGUUGCUGAAGGCCUACAUUGUGGAGUGGCGAAAGUUCUUCACGCAGUGUGACAUCCUGCCCAAACCCUUCUGUCAGCUGGAGAUCACACUGAUGGGGAAGCAGGGCAGCAACAAGAAGUCUAACGUUGAGGACAGCAUUGUACGCAAGUUGAUGUUGGACACAUGGAACGAGUCAAUCUUCUCCAACAUAAAGAGCCGUCUUCAGGACAGUGCUAUGAAGCUGGUUCAUGCUGAGAGGCUGGGAGAGGCUUUUGACUCCCAGCUGGUUAUAGGAGUACGAGAAUCAUACGUCAACCUGUGCUCUAACCCUGAAGACAAGCUCCAGAUCUACAGAGAUAACUUUGAGAAGGCCUACCUGGACUCAACUGAGAGGUUCUACAGAACACAGGCCCCAUCAUACCUACAGCAGAACGGAGUCCAGAACUACAUGAAAUAUGCAGACACAAAGCUAAGAGAAGAGGAGAAGAGGGCAGUUCGAUACCUUGAGACUCGUCGUGAAUGUAACUCUGUCCAAGCUCUGAUGGAAUGUUGUGUGAACGCUCUGGUGACGUCGUUUAAAGAAACCAUCCUGGCUGAAUGUCCCGGCAUGAUCAAACGCAACGAGACAGACAAGCUCCACCUGAUGUUUUCCCUGAUGGAUAAGGUUCCUAGUGGGAUAGAGCCCAUGCUGAAAGAUCUGGAGGAUCACAUCAUGAACGCUGGGCUGGCUGAUAUGGUGGCUGCUGCAGAGACUAUCACUUCUGACUCUGAGAAGUACGUGGAGCAGCUGCUGACAUUGUUUAACCGUUUCAGUAAACUGGUGAAGGAGGCUUUUCAGGAUGACCCUCGAUUCCUCACCGCCAGAGACAAGGCCUACAAAGCUGUGGUGAACGAUGCCACCAUUUUUAAACUGGAGCUGCCACUCAAACAGAAAGGGGUAGGUCUGAAGACCCAGCCAGAGUCGAAGUGUCCAGAGCUGCUAGCUAACUACUGUGACAUGCUGCUGAGGAAAACAACCCUGAGCAAGAAACUCACAUCAGAGGAGAUAGAACUCAAACUCAAAGAAGUGUUGCUGGUAUUGAAGUAUGUUCAGAAUAAGGAUGUGUUUAUGAGGUACCAUAAAGCCCACCUGACCAGAAGACUGAUCCUGGACAUCUCAGCCGACAGCGAAAUAGAAGAGAACAUGGUGGAGUGGCUCAGGGAGGUGGGGAUGCCUGCAGACUAUGUGAAUAAGCUGGCGAGGAUGUUCCAGGACAUUAAAGUAUCGGAUGAUCUCAACCAGGUCUUCAAGGAGAUGCACAAACACAACAAGCUGGCUUUACCAGCUGACAGUGUGAAUAUAAAGAUCCUGAAUGCGGGUGCUUGGUCGAGGAGCAGUGAGAAGGUGUUUGUGUCUCUGCCUACUGAGCUGGAGGAUCUGAUCCCAGAGGUAGAAGACUUCUACAAGAGAAACCACAGCGGAAGGAAACUACACUGGCACCACCUCAUGUCCAAUGGCAUCAUCACCUUCAAGAACGAAAUGGGUCAUUAUGACCUGGAGGUCACAACCUUUCAGCUGGCUGUCCUAUUUGCCUGGAACCAGCGGCCGCGGGAGCGAAUCAGCUUCGAGAACCUUAAAUUGGCCACCGAGCUUCCCGAUGCUGAGCUACGACGCACACUCUGGUCUCUGGUAGCGUUCCCUAAGCUGAAGAGACAGGUGUUGUCCUAUGAGCCUUCAGUCUCCUCCCCUAAAGACUUCACAGACAGCACCCUGUUCUAUGUCAACCAGGACUUCUCUCUCAUUAAAAACUCCAAGGUCCAAAAAAGGGGCAAGAUUAAUCUGAUUGGUCGAUUGCAGCUGACCACAGAGCGAAUGAGAGAGGAGGAGAAUGAGGGCAUCGUCCAGCUGAGAAUAUUAAGAACCCAGGAGGCCAUCAUCCAGAUUAUGAAGAUGAGGAAGAGGAUCAGUAACGCUCAGCUACAGACAGAACUGGUAGAGAUCCUCAAGAACAUGUUCCUGCCCCAGAAGAAGAUGAUCAAGGAACAGAUUGAGUGGCUCAUCGAACACAAAUACAUCAAACGGGACGAGACAGACAUCAACACCUUUAUCUACAUGGCAUAGAACCCCUUUACCUGGAUUGGAACCACCUACCUACCGCUUGACCUGGCUGGGCCCUCGCUGCAGCAGAAGGAAGAAGAAAUGCAGUAAGAGGAGGAAGGAGGAGGGGUUGUUUCAAAAGAAGAGGAAGGAGAAUAUCUCUGCGGCCUGGGGGGGGGGUUGGUUGGAGGGUUGGUUGGCUGGCUGGCUGUAUGAGAUAGAUGGUGUAGUCUUCAGACUGUGGUGCCCCUCGGGGUCCAGGAGGAGAAGGACAGGAGGACAGUGGGGCUGACUGACAGUCUCAGUAUCACAGUAGAGACAUUAUUAAAUAAAUAAACUCUCCCUGCCUUACCCUCCUUACGCAGUCCGCACAGAGACAGACAGGAGGACUAGUGGUCUAUAUCAUUAUGGAGUAGACACAGAGAGGAGUGUAUUUUGCCAAACGUACUGUGUGUGUCUAUGUAUAUGUGUGUCUGCACCUUGACAGCUUGUUGCUCUGUGGAAGUCUUGCAAUCACCUGAGGACCCAUCGCGCGUGCGUGUGUGAGUAUCUCACCCCCCCCAACUGCCACACCCCUCAGAGAGGAUCAUGACUCCUCACAUAUCAGCCAGUCGCUGGGUGAGAACAAACGAGAACAUCAGCACUUUUCUGUGUUUCAGUGUGUCUGAAUGGCUUUAUAUAUCAAUUUCAUUCUACUUUUCAAUGCUCAUCAUUAUUUCUAUGAACACUUGUGUGUUGUGUCUCUCGUUAAAUGCUGCACAGCGUCAUCCAAUCGAUCGAAGUCACAAAGCUCUCUAGCGAUCUUUGAUUCUUCUCUCUCCCCCACCUAUAGCCAGUGCAGGACAGGACAUGACAGGUGUGUUAUUGUCAGACCAUGAGGGGGUGUCAUGACUGGUCAUGACCCAGGUUUCUUCCCAAAUGCCACCCUAUUCCCUAGGUACUGCAUUACUUUUGACCAGAGCUCUAUGGGUUAAAAAAGUAGCUUAUGUUCCCUAUAUACACUGCUCAAAAAAAUAAAGGGAACACUAAAAUAACACAUCCUAGAUCUGAAUGAAUGAAAUAUUCUUAUUAAAUACUUUUUUCUUUACAUAGUUGAAUGUGCUGACAACAAAAUCACACAUUAUCAAUGGAAAUCAAAUUUAUCAACCCAUGGAGGUCUGGAUUUGGAGUCACACUCAAAAUUCAAGUGGAAAACCACACUACAGACUGAUCCAACUUUGAUGUAAUGUCAAAAUGAGGCUCAGUAGUGUGUGUGGCCUCCAUGUGCCUGUAUGACCUCCCUACAACACCUGGGCAUGCUCCUGAUGAGGUGGCGGAUGGUCUCCUGAGGGAUCUCCUCCCAGACCUGGACUAAAGCAUCCGCCAACUCCUGGACAGUCUGUGGUGCAACAUGGCAUUGGUGGAUGGAGCGAGACAUGAUGUCCCAGAUGUGCUCAAUUGGAUUCAGGUCUGGGGAACGGGCGGGCCAGUCCAUAGCAUCAAUGCUUUCCUCUUGCAGGAACUGCUGACACACUGCAGCCACAUGAGGUCUAGCAUUGUCUUGCAUUAGGAGGAACCCAGGGCCAACCACACCAGCAUAUGGUCUCACAAGGGGUCUGAGGAUCUCAUCUCGGUACCUAAUGGCAGUCAGGCUACCUCUGGCGAGCACAUGGAGGGCUAUGCAGCCCCCCAAAGAAAUACCACCCCACACCAUGACUGACCCACCGCCAAACCGGUCAUGCUGGAGGAUGUUGCAGGCAGCAGAACGUUCUCCACGGCGUCUCCAGACUGUCACGUGCUCAGUGUGAACCUGCUUUCCUCUGUGAAGAGCACAGGGCGCCAGUGGCGAAUUUGCCAAUCUUGGUGUUCUCUGGCAAAUGCCAAACGUCCUGCACGGUGUUGGGCUGUAAGCACAACCCCCACCUGUGGACGUCGGGCCCUCAUACCACCCUCAUGGAGUCUGUUUCUGACCGUUUGAGCAGACACAUGUACAUUUGUGGCCUGCUGGAGGUCAUUUUGCAGGGCUCUGGCAGUGCUCCUACUGCUCCUCCUUGCACAAAGGCGGAGGUAGCGGUCCUGCUGCUGGGUUGUUGCCCUCCUACGGCCUCCUCCACGUCUCCUGAUGUAUUGUCAAUCAGUGUUGCUUCCUAAGUGGACAGUUUGAUUUCACAGAAGUGUGAUUGACUUGGAGUUACAUUGUGUUUUUUUGAGCAGUGUAGGAAAAUAUAUAUAUAUAUUCCCUACUAAGGGAAAAAUAUUUGAUAUCCUAUAUAUGGAAUAGGGUGCCCCAGUAAAAUCCCUCCAGUGCAAUAGCUAGACAGCCCCUCCUACUAGAGCACUUCCUGUGAUGAGGUCAUGUUGCUAAAGCAACGGCACUGCAGUGUUGCUAUUAAUGUACCCUACCCACAACCUUUUACAGAAGACUGUGUGUUGCAGUAUGAUAUGAGUGGGGAGGGUGAUGAUAGAAGGAAAAAAAAUGUGUUGCUGUCGAGUGUUUGUAUGCGAGUGUUUGAUAAAUAGGUUCGGUCUGUAGCGGGCUACUAGGUGUACAUAGCCACUUAUUGAUUUGGAGUAAUGUUACAUGAUUAAAUGAAUGAGACGACUUAAUAACACUAUCCCGCUUUUACUCUUUUUAGUUUGAGUUUUACUUCUGGCAUUGGGAUAAUGUUGUACUGUGGGAUAUUACAGUGCACCCCAAAAGGCAUCCUAUUCCCUAUAUAGUGCACCACUUUUGACCAGGACCUAUAAGGCUCUGGUCAAAAGUUGUGCACUAUGUAGGGAAUAUGGUGCCAUUUGGGACGCAACCUAGGUGUCAAUGUCCUCUUUUCUCUCACUCUGAUUUUAAUGCAACCACAUUGUCUUGAGGUGUCUAAAUUGAUUCCAAAGUGAUUGUCAGAUGAUGGAAACAUUACUUGGGAUUUAGCAGUUAUGAAUUGUUUGAUCAUGAUGUCAUGGCUUUAUUUCACACACACUACAUACCUACGCAGCACCGUAUAGUCCACCAUUCUACAGUGGAGGACACCUAUGAGAAACACACGUACACACAAUGACUAUUGACAAAACAGUUAAUAGUUUAUUCUACCGGGUAAUGUCAUGUGUGGAUAACUACUACCUGUCAACUGGCAAUAAGAGGCUCUCCUCCACGUCAACUUUAGAACAGUUACUCUGAAGGAUAUCUGUCUUUGUGAAUAAAAAGUGUGUGUUUAUCAUUAUUGACAGUUUUAUGUGGUGAUAUCGUCCACUGAAUGACAUUGUGUCCAGCAGGCCCAGGUUUUAGUAACGUUGUUUCUUUUUCAUGUCUUCCUUCCCUGGUAUCUGACAUUAAUGGUUACGCAUCACUGCUGUAGUUGUUGCAUCAAAACAACCUAGAGAAGAAGUCUUUGUCCCAAAUGACACCCUAUUUCCUAUUUAGUGCACUACUUUUGAACAAGGCCCAUAGGGCUCUGUUCAAAAGUAGUGCACUAUAUAAGGAAUAAGGUAUCAUUUGGGGAUGUAGGCAAAGUGUUAUUACAUUUUAGUAAUUUAGCACACUCAAUUAGCGCAUUCUUAAGAUAUGUUAUCAGAGUAAUGUACUUAAUGUAACUCCGUCUGAUACACUUAGCUAUUCUCUAGAUUUUAGCCAUGUUCAACAAUGUUUUAAGAUGACACAACUUAGGUAACUUUAUGAGUAACAACAAAUAAACAGUAUUAAACAAUGACAUACUCAAUUUUUGUUGUAACAAUUCAUGUUUUUCGCUGCACAGAAAUGUCAGAGCAACUCUUAUUGUGUUAUGAGACUGACAUCUUGCUUCAGUUUGUGUUUAAGUGUUUGUGAUGAUGGUAAACAGAUGGGUAAUCAUAAGACCCGUAUCUCUUCCUCUUCUUCCCUACUUGCAUAUCUGGAGCCUUGAGUGGAAACUUGAAAACUAAGUUUUAUCAAUCAUAACAUUACCAGAUUAAUGUGACCCUACUUUGAGUAAAGAUAUAAUGCUGUACAUUGUUUGAAUGCGAGUAUUCUGGCUGUUGGACUCAACUACUUAGAUGUGCUGCAUUAUUAUAAUUUUUUGGUUUGUGACUUUGAGCUAUUUUUUGUAUAAUUUAUUUCCUGGCAAAUAAAAACUGUACUGUAAAGAGAGA